AUGGAUAUGAGUUCCAACUCGGGUCCUGGUCUUGGUCCAGGUCAGGCAGAGUCGGGUGGUUCAUCAAAUGAGUCAUCCUCUUUCACUGGAGGGCUCAUGUUUGGCCAGAGGAUCUACUUCGAGGACGCUGGAGGUGGAACCGGGUCUUCUUCCUCUGGCGGGUCAAACCGAAGGGUACGUGGAAGCGGGUCGGGUCCAACGGGUCAGAUACCAAGGUGUCAAGUGGAAGGUUGUGGAGUGGAUUUAACGAAUGCAAAGGGUUAUUACUCGAGGCAUAGAGUUUGUGGAAUACACUCUAAAACACCCAAAGUCGUUGUCUCUGGUAUCGAACAAAGGUUUUGUCAACAGUGCAGCAGGUUUCAUCAACUUCCGGAAUUUGACCUAGAGAAAAGAAGUUGCCGUAGGAGACUCGCUGGUCACAAUGAGAGACGUAGGAAGCCACAGUCUUCGUCUCUCUCUGUGUUGUCUUCUCGUUAUGGGAGGAUCACUCCUUCGCUUUACGGAAAUACUGAAACUACAAUGAAUGGGAGCUUUCUUGGUUCCCAAGAUAUGAGUUGGAAUAGUGCAAGAACGUUGGAUACAAGAGUGAUGAGACGGUCAGCACCGUCAUGGCAGAUCAAUCCAAUGAAUGUGUUUAGUCAAGGAUCAGUAAGUGGAGGAGGAGGAGGGAUAAGCUUCUCAUCUCCAGAGAUUAUGGACACUAAACCAGAGAGCUAUAAGGGAAUUGGCAGUGACUCAAACUGUGCUCUCUCUCUUCUGUCAAACCCACAUCAGCAACAUGACAACAACAUCAACAACAACACAUGGAGAACAUCUUCUGGUUUUGGACCUAUGACGGUUACAAUGGCUCAGCCACCACCUGCACCUAGCCAACAUCAGUAUCUGAACCCACCUUGGGUGUUCAAGGACGACGAUAAUAACUGUCCGAAUGAAAUGUCUCCUGUUUUGAAUCUUGGUCGAUUCACCGAGACAGAGAUAAGUGGUGGAACGACUUUGGGUGAGUUCGAGUUAUCUGAUCAUCAUCAUCAGAAUAGGAGGCAGUAUAUGGAAGGUGAGAACACAAGGGCUUAUGACUCUUCUUCUUCACACCAUAACAACUGGUCUCUCUGAGUCUCUUUGCAUCAGACAAUCAUCUUGUUUGUUACCAUAAACGAUUCUGCACCAUCUUUAUUUUAUUUUUCUGUUAUUUUCUUAUUAAUAACCCAGACAAUGGCUUUUGCUUAUUUAUUUUUCUGUCUUGUUGUUGUUUUUGUCUUCAUGGUCUCCAACAUAAGAGAUCAGAUUCAUCAAAUAUCAGAUAAAU